AUGCGAUUGAACCUUCUCCAACUUCUCUUUGCUGUCUCCCUUACUCCUCUUACCGCAGCUCUUCAAACCAUCUACCUCGCGUACCUCGCGUCUUCCGGCUCACCCCACUUCAUCGCCUUCUUCUCAGACAGCAACCCCUGUACAGACGGCACCCUGUUCGGCUACACGCCCGAAGGGUUCGAGGAUUGCAAUGAAGACCUCACCAUCUUAGGCCAUCAAAACAUCACCUUCACCGGUUGCAAACCCACCACAGCGUUUCCCUUUUCCCUGCCCACAGGAGUCGCGGAUAACGGUGCGCCAGCGCUGAAGUGCAAGCCGGCGUCGAACCCGCCCGGGGGCCCGUACGGAGACUAUGCUAACUGCGCAUAUACUCCCAGCGCAGCCAUCGUGGGGCCUGUGAGCCUGUUGGAGUUUUGUUCGUAG